AUGGCAGUCCUCACCAAGUAUUUUAUUGCUAUCCUCUUUCUGAGUUUCAUUAGCAAAGGGUUGUGCGUUUGCGCCUUGGACAACAUUACCAUAGGCACGGUCCGAAGCGGGAGAGAGAUACAAGGGAAGCCUGAAUGGAACGUGACGGUGACCAACAACUGCCGGUGCCCUCAAAAGCUCCUAAAAUUGACUUGCGAGGGAUUUCAGACCGUAGAAAAAGUUGAUCCUUUAAUUUUUUCAAUGGGAGAUGAUCAUCAGACUUGCCUCCUCCUUCAAGGCGGAAGCUUGCGGGGAUCAGCUUCAGUCAAAUUUUCUUACGCUUGGGAUCCUCCUUCUCUCUUAUGGCCUUCCAGCUCUCUCCUAACUGAUUGUGGCCGUUAA